AUGAAGGUCCUCUUGUUUACUUUAUGUCUCAUUUACUCAAUUCAAGCUGCUGUUAUAGUAACCAAUCAACAACUAGAAGCAAGAGGUGGUAAAGAUGAAGUUAUUACGCUUGCACAAGAUGCUAAAUCGGGUCUCACUGGUGCGCUUGGUUCCGAGACACUCAAGAAACUUUGCUUCACUCUAAGACAAAGGGAGCCUUACCGCAUACCUUCACCUUCUGAUCAACCUCGACGUGGUGUAGUCGCAGCUAUUCUUCGCUGGCACUGUCCAAAGACGAGUAUUCCUACAGAGGCUCAAAAACCACGAACUUUGGAAGAAUUUUUUGAUCAAUCAUGGGUACAGGAAGGUGAAGCUGAGAUUCUGUUUAUGCAGCGAGCAACAAGAAAGGGAGAUAGGUGGUCUGGUCAUGUUGCUUUUCCAGGCGGAAAAAAUGAAAAAGAUGAAACUGAUGAGGAAACCGUGUGUCGAGAGGUACGCGAAGAGAUUGGAAUCGAUUUAAAAAGUGAUGAUUACCUGCUUGUGGGUCAACUGGACGAACGGGAGAUUUCAUCUAUAAGAGAUAAUAAGUUAUUAAUGAUCCUUGUUCCUUAUGUUUAUCUGCAACUAGUGCCUGAAUCACCACCAUUUGAACUUCAGACAUCUGAAGUAGCUGCAGUAAGAUGGGUGCCGUUGUCCUUCUUUUUAUCAAGCCAGGUUUUGGACUACAGUCCAAUCACAGAGCCACUUUCUAUCUUUCGACACAUGAAGCGCAAAUGGCUCAAGUCACUCUUAAACGUGAUGCUGGGAACCAUUUCGUUUACUUCGAUUGACCUUCCACCAACAGCAGCAUCGGACAAUAUCUUUCGAUUGUGGGGACUGACAAUGGGCAUGACCAAGGAUAUCGUCAAGCUGGUCGAUACAAAGGAAUCGUUCUUUUAUAAACUGACGACUCAGAGUCCGCGAUUCUCAAGGGUAGAUAUCGGCUGGUUCACGAUGUUGAUUACCUAUGCCAAAGUCUAUUGGAAGAGGAUAUGUCACAAGAAUGUGAGGUUAGAGAAUGAAUGGGAUAAUAUCUAUUGGAACUCCAUUAGGUCAGCUAUUGCCAUUAGCAUGUGCUUCAGAGCUUGUCUGCUCUUAUUGAUAAUAAAGCGUCUUCGUUAA